AUGUGGCCACACCAAGACAAGAAUAUUCCAAGUUUUUUGCCGUCACUGUGGCCUGUGUCGGAAGAAAACUUGGUUCUGUGCAGUGAUGUAGGACAAUUUCUAUGGUCGUUCUAA